CAGACAUGGCUUCUAAAGUUUUGUUCUUGACACUGAUUCUUACUCUGUUCACACUGGUGACACCGCGUCCUCAGAAGAGAGAAGCUGUUCUAGAGAGGAGUUUAUUCAAACAAUGGGAAGAUCUAUCAAACGGCCUCGAGAAAACGUGGGACGAUGUUUCGAAGGAAGCAGAGGAUGCGUGGAGGGAUGUGAAGAAAAGCACUAAGAAAGUGUUGGACCAGUUGAGGAAAAACGUCGAUAAAAUGUCGAAGAACGCAGAAGAUGCGCGGAGAGAUGCAAAGAAAGGCACUAAGAAAGUGUUGGACCAGUUGGGCGACAACGUUGAUAAAUGGUUGGCAAACUGGGAUGAAAAGAAUGGUAAUAAAGGUAACAAAAAGGGAAAGAAAGGAGGUCCGAAAAAGGGAAAGAAAGGAGGUCCGAAAAAGGAAACGAAAGGUUAUGAAGAGGUGUAGGUUGUGAAAAUGAUUUAAUCUGGAAGAAAUGUUACGACUUUAUUUUCGCAGAUUAGUCAUUGACACAGGGUGGCCUAGAAUUUCCGUAACGUGGCAAGAUAUUGAACACUGGAUAUUCCAGCCAUGUUUAGUCAAACUAUUUAUAUAGUAGUGAUUAUUCUGGGUCAUCCUGUUUUUAUCAAUAUCAAGCAGAAAGCAUGUCUGGAAUUAGUUCAUUAACAUAUUUGACAUAAAGAACUUUAGAAAAUCGUCUGUAUUUUAUUUAUAAAUAUAUGUGUAGUUUAUGAAUACGAUCGUGAAUGAUAUAAAUAAAUUCAUUUUAAUAUUUUUUGUCCUAAAGA